CCAGUCCGUCCCGUUCGCGUGUUUGCGUUGCUGUCGAAUUUCAUGACUGUUGGUACAAUUCCGUCCACAUUUUUGACUACAAAAUUGCAUCUCUAUCUGUGCUGUGUGUUUGUACAAGUUUGUUGCACUUUGUUGGAUCGAUACGCUGCGAUCAAUUGGUGUUGAAGAGUCACGAAAGAGACGCAGAGCAGAAAUUGUGUCGUAAAGUAGACGUAAUACAAAGAAAUCGAUUGUGUUUUUGCAUCCUCUCCCUGUGUGGAUUGCGUUUAUGUAUUGGGUCGUGGCUCCAAACCGGCAAAGUGAUCGUGUGCCUUAGCUUCAUCCCGUUCUGUGUAAGCUGUUCGAUCUUCAGCAUAAAUCGUGAGGAGGAAGAAGAAAAAGGGAUAUAAAAGGUCAUCCAUGGCGUACCAAACCAUCUCGAUUACAUAAAAGUGUCUAGGCACGCAUUCGAGUACACAGUGCAUUUGUCUGGCAUGGGCUCUGUGGAGUGACAUUUUAAAAAAGGUGUCUUUUGUGCGGUUGUGUUGUUUCUUUGUUUUUUUCUCUCUCUCUCUCUCUCUCUCUCUCUCGCUCUCUACGCUGUCCGUCACGCAUUUAGCCAUGUGUUCUCGGAACAAACUGGUGCCCGUUUAGGCACAAAACCGUCGAUACAUCGUUCGUGCCUGUGUGUGCCUGCCCGUCGUUAUCGCACACAUUUUCGGUACCUCUUCGCGGGUAAAGGCAUACCGACACCGUUGUGCCUGUGUGUGCGUGCGCAUUUACUGUGCGUUUGCGGCUACGGUAGUGUAGGUGUGUUUCACUGUGUAUUGUUGUGUGGGUAGGCAUUGUAUGUUGGUAGCACUUUGCAGUGCGUGUGGUGCAUCGCGAAGAGGAGCAGCAGACAAACAAACCACACAUACCCGGCGCGAGUGUCAUCCGUUCCACUUGAAUUGUGAAGUGCCAUUCCAUCAUCAAGUUUCAUUCGUCGUUGACCAGCACGCCCUUCAACAGCGGCUCCUACGAACACACCGAUACGCACGCCCAGCAAGGGUCGCCUCAUACCACGUCGCCUCCCCCGUCCUCGAUUGUGGGAGUUUUGUUUACGUUUUAACGCGCCUGUGUGUGUAUGUGUGUCUUAAAAUCGCGUUACCGUAUCGACAGAUAAGCUGCUCCAGUGGGAAUCAAGAAAUGCGUCUACCGAACGAACAGAAACCGGCGGCAGCGGCAUCGGACUUUGCCCGUGGUAGCAGCCUUUUUCGGAGCCUUCGAUCGCGUCUGUCGGACGCCGUCAGCGGUGCAGCACCACAACCGGCGAGAGCAUCUGCGGGGCCGACCGUGCCCGAACGUGAAGGACCAGCGGGCGGCGGCGGCGGUGGCUCUGCAAUGGAUGCAAACGGGGACGCCGUGGGACGGCAGGGAACGAUCGAGGUGCAGCCGGUGAUGAUCCGCAAAACGCCGAAAUUUCCAUCCCGCGAGCGCCAUCUAGCGAUACGGCGCAAGAAUCGUGUGCCACCGGCGGAGAUGGUCGAGCUGGCCGCUUCCUGUCCCGGCUCGCCGCUGUCCGUCACGAGCGGUCGGCGUCUUAGCAAGAAAACGUGCCAGGAGUGCAAAUGCCCGCGGGAAACGCACGCCGUCUACCACGAACAGUUGACCACGGUGAGGGAACGGCUCGGCUUCAAGCAUGACACCAACACGUCCCGGGUCGAUCCGCGCCAGAUGGGCUACACCUGGGUACCGCCCGGCAUUCUAACGUCGGCCAAGAUACAAAGAUACUUUGAUGUGAUACCACCGGAGAAGGUGCCCAAGAUAGGCACGCAAGGUGAGCGGUUCCGCGACAAGCAGCUGGUGUACCAGCUGCCAAAGCAGGACCUUGCGCUCGACUACUGCAAGCACGUGGAGGAACAGCAUCGUGGCUCGUACGAAGAUUUCGUGGCGGCCAGAAAUGAGAUCGCGCUCGAUAUUGGCUAUGUCAAGGACACGCCGCUGGCGACGAAAUGCACCGGUUGCAGCGACACGCUCAACCAGGGCGAGAUGGCUGUGACGGCACCGAAGUUCCGGGAGCAAACGCUCUGGCAUCCGCGCUGCUUCAAGUGCACGACCUGUGAUGAGCUGCUGGUCGAUCUGACCUACUGCGUGCACGACGACCAGAUCUACUGCGAGCGACACUAUGCGGAAAUGCUGAAGCCACGCUGCAGUGCCUGUGACGAGCUUAUUUUCAGUGGCGAGUACACCAAAGCUAUGUCGAAGGACUGGCAUUCGGGCCAUUUCUGCUGCUGGCAGUGCGACGAAAGCCUCACCGGCCAACGGUACGUGCUGCGGGACGAGCACCCGUACUGCAUCAAGUGCUACGAGAACGUGUUCGCCAACGUGUGUGAGGAGUGCAACAAGACGAUCGGUAUCGAUUCGAAGGAUCUCUCGUACAAGGAUAAGCACUGGCACGAGGCGUGCUUCCUGUGCAACAAAUGCCGCAUCUCGCUGGUGGACAAACAGUUCGGCUCGAAGGCGGACAAGAUCUACUGCGGCAACUGCUACGAUGCCCAGUUUGCUUCGCGCUGCGAUGGCUGCGGUGAAAUCUUCCGUGCAGGCACGAAGAAGAUGGAGUACAAAACGAGACAGUGGCACGAGAAGUGCUUCUGCUGCUGCGUGUGCAAGACCGCCAUCGGCACCAAGUCGUUCAUCCCGCGCGAGCAGGAGAUCUACUGUGCCGGCUGCUACGAGGAAAAGUACGCCACCCGGUGCAUUAAGUGCAAGAAGAUCAUCACAAGCGGCGGUGUGACGUACAAGAACGAACCGUGGCACCGCGAGUGCUUCACGUGCACGCACUGCCAGGUGUCGCUGGCCGGCCAGCGCUUCACGAGCCGCGACGAGAAGCCGUACUGUGCGGAAUGUUUCGGCGAGCUGUUCGCGAAGAGAUGCACCUCCUGUACCAAGCCCAUCACCGGCAUUGGCGGUACGCGCUUCAUCUCGUUCGAGGAUCGCCACUGGCACAACGAUUGCUUCAUCUGCGCCAUGUGCAAAACGUCACUGGUCGGGCGCGGUUUCAUCACCGACGAGCAGGACGUCAUCUGUCCGGAGUGCGCCAAGCAGAAGCUGAUGUAAACACAGUCGGACAGUGAGCCGCCAUAAAAAGCAAAAUUCAACUCCCAAUGUCAUGACCAUCAUCAUCAUCAUCACACUCUAAAGGAAAGGAAAAGAUGGAGAAGGUUCCCAGGAGGAUCACGUUACAUGCGCACACGCGAAGGGAAAAUAAUAGUCCUCUAGCGCGUGUUCCAACGACCGUCGUCAUCUCCGUUACCCCAUUCUUCAACAAUGAUCAUCAUCAUCAUCACUAUUUAUCAUCAACUCCUGCCCCACACGUCAACGUCAUUCGCGUCGAUCGUUUAAAUUAUUUAUCACAACGGCCACCCCCCCGUCACCAUCCUUUCAUGCGCUCUGCGCACUUUUUAGGCGUACCGUUUUGUUCGUUUUUAUUUUAUUUUGUGUCUCUUGAAUUGUAUGACGUUCCGUUCCGUUCCCGUUUUCGUCCCCAUGUUUCUAGUUGCGCCGUACGCAGGCGAUAUAAGUAUUGAAAUGUUAUUUAAUAGAGUCACCAUGAUACACGAUUGCGCUUUAUAUAUAGAGAGAAAGAGUUCUUUUCGGAUUUUUAUUCUACCAUUCUUUUGGCCUUUGUCCUUUGUGUUUUGCUGCUGCGUUUGAAUCACUCUAUACUUGUUAACAGCACCUUUAGCGCUGCUUGCCGAGCGUAGUAAGAUAGACAGCGAUGAUGAAUGUAGUUAGCGAAACUGGAAGAAUGAUUAAAUUAUGAAAGAAAGAAAGAGUUUUGUGUCUGUGCGUGUGUGUGUGUGUGUGUGUGUUUGUGUGGAGGAGUGGAUUUUGUAAUGAGUCUCGAGCUAUGGGAUGGAAGGACGAGAACGAACGAUCAUACGCACACACACGCGCGAGCAUUGUUGUUAGUAGCGUAGCGAACGGCCUAUAUUCACUGAAGAUGCCUUUUUAACUAUUCAAAUAAUAAUAAUCCUUAUGUAAGAAAAAAAAUCCCGAUGCGUUCGCACACGAUAAUGCAAGAAAGAGGAAAGUCCGCCAGAGAAGUCCGAUCGUGUUUGUAUUGCGUGUGUUGGAACACAAAUAGUGCUAUGUUUUUUGUGUUUUUUAUUACAUUUCAUUUGCGUUCGUUACAGGAGAGGCAGUGUUGUGCAAUGCAAGCAAAUUAAUGAUUUUAGAACAUGUUAAGGUAGAAGAAGAAAAAGAACAAGAAGAAGCAGGAGCACGAUCACGAUCCUUUCGCCCUCUAAAAGAGCAUAUCGCGUUUAGUCAUUGUUAUCGCAGCGAUCGCAGGGGAGAUGAAGUUGCAAUUCACACAUACAAACCUUCAGCCUUUACCCCCCUAACCUCCCCUCUUCCCCUCUUACUCCACUUCAACUCAAAUGUUACCGCUUGUAAGGGCGUCAAAGGCGUUACUUGUGUGUAUUAUUUAUUGUAUUGAGAUUGCCUGUUGUGUGUUGGUCCGAAAGUCUGAAGAAAAAUAUCAACGAACAAUUAAAAAAACAUAGAACGCACAGAGAGAGAGAGAGAGGGAGAGAGAAGAAAGAAAGACCGUGUGUGUCCUUUCCCGCAUUAUAUAACGAGAGGUAGGAUUUGUAAAUUUGAUAGAAAAGAUGAAACUGUGAAGGAUAUAGCAAACAAAACAAAAAAACACUGGGACACAAAUCAUCUCACACACCGCAGGCAGAACGUCGGAACGGGCGAUUGCAAUUAAAACUAACUUUAUACACACAGACACACACUACUACGGGUGAUGUUCCCGCGCUUUCUGUCAGAUCAGAUCUUAGCUGUGCGCCCAACUACACCACCACGUGCCGACGUUGCAUCCUUUUUUUUUUUAAUUAUUUAUUUUCGUUAACCAACCAAUGUGAAAGGAGGAAGCGCGUGGGAAAGAAAGAGAGCGAAAGUGCAGCCAUCCUUUUCCCAACGCGGUGCAGGCCAGCUACAUCGAAAGAAGAUCGAAAUCAAAACACUAAAGUUAAAGCUAAUAAAAAAACCUUUAAACAAAAUA